CAUUUUUAGGCGCCACCAUCUCCGACGUGCUUAACGGCCAAUGGGUGCCAACGGGGUGGCAUCGGCGGCGGCGGCGGCCACGGCGGUGCUAGUGUACGUCGCGCUCUCCUCCUCCGGCGGCGGCGGGGAGGCGGCGAGGCUGCGGAGGCCGGAGGAGGAAGAUGAAGAGGAAUCCAAGAAGCGGUGGCCGGAGAGGGCGCCGGCGAGCUGGAGGGAGGCGGCGGCGGUGGCGGCGAGGACGGUGGGGUUCACGUACCGGGAGACGCUGGGGAGGUGGCCGCUCGGGGACAUCGCGUUCGGGAUCAGGCACUACAUGCGAAUCCAGGGCAAUCUGCAGCACGAGUACACUGGUCGCAGUUGUGUGCCCCUAGAAGGCCCUGUAACAAGGCAGGAGCUGAUUGCAAUUCUUAGAUAUCUGAGACUCUGCAUGUUUUUCGCGAAGAAGCCAUACGAAGUGUUCCUGGAAUUUGGUGGAUAUGGCCAGAGUGAUAUCCUCAUAAGGAAAUCAAAGGCAAGGGUUAUGAAGCCCUCAUUCACAAUUGUCCGCGAUAAAAGUACUAAAUCCUUCAUCCUUUUCAUUCGGGGCGCUACAAGUGUUAAGGAUCGCCUGACGGCAGCGACUGCUGCAGAGGUUCCAUUUCAUCAUGUGGUGUUAAAAGAAGGCCGUGUUUCUAAUGUAGUUGUUGGCCAUGUACAUUGCGGAAUGGUUGCAGCAGCUAGGUGGAUUGCAGAUCAGGCCAUUCCCUGUCUCAGCAGAGCAGUUGAGCAAUUUCCAGACUACAGAAUUAAGAUCAUUGGGCAUUCAAUGGGUGCCGGUAUUGCAGCAAUCUUAACAUAUAUGCUACGUGAGAACAAGAAAUUGUCAUCAUCCUCAUGUAUUGCCUUUGGACCAGCUGCUUGCAUGACCUGGGAUUUGGCUGAGUCAGGCAAAGAGUUUGUGACCACUGUUGUCAACAGAAAUGACCUGGUUCCAUCAUUUGGUAAAGUGUCAGCUGCCAACCUUCACACCGAGGUAAUAGGGUCAUCUUGGGCACAUGAUCUCCUGGAGCAAAUUCAACAGACAAGGAUCUUGGGUUUUGUUAACCGUUCUGUGACCUUCAUGCAAUCCCAGUUCCCUUUCAUAUCCAAUCCAAGGUCUAAAGUUGCAGAUGUUGAUCUGAUGCUAUCUGGCACAUCCGAGGCUGAGACGAUACUUUCAGUAGAUGCGCGCGCCGCAAUCAAGAAACAUUCUACAUUAUCCUUCUGGCCAAGUGCUCCUUCAAACAGGAAAACUCUCGAGUCAUCUUUGAUGAACCCAACACAGAGCAUUGCAGCACUGAUGUCCACCUAUGUUGGAACUGACAAAGACACUGAAGAACACAAGAAUCAGAAUUCAGACACCAAAGAACUCUACAGGCAAGACAAAGAAGCAGAUGCAGAGAAGAAUUUGGAGCGGUUUUUAGAAGCGUUGCGAUCAUCGCCAAGCGCCUCGCAGGAGCCUCUCCAGUUCUACCCUCCUGGAAGAAUCAUGCACAUGGUUGUGCUGCCAUCUCCAAAAGAGCCUAGCAGCAUUGAUCAAUGCAGUCAGGAUGAGUGUGUUGCCCUCUAUGAGACUCCUCGCAGCAUGUAUAGUAAGAUUCGGCUUGCGAGAUCUAUGAUAAGAGAUCAUUACAUGCCUAGGUACAUUGAGACAAUGGAGAUGCUGAUCGAUAAGUUUGAAGAAGAAGACAGUCAUACAUGACUAAUUUCGCAUUUGCACUUCACUGAAAAGAAUGAUUAUAGGAUAAAACUGUAAUUCUACAGGACACAACACCGUAUACAGAAUAAGAGAAGCAUAAUUUAGAUAUUUGGAACCCCAUGCUUGGUGGGUUCAUGAACUUAGAGACUUGAGUUGGCGGCGCGGCAGCCAACAUCAUAGGAAUUCAGGAAGAGGUGAAACUCUGCAUCAAUUGUCGCUUAGAAUUUUGGGCAAUGGUUGAUAUUGUUUUUGUCUGUAACUAGGUCUAAGCCUAUGGUAAUCUUGUACAAUAACUAGGUAUAUAAAGGAUGUAUUAACUCUUGUAACAAAAAGGUUCUUCAGGGAACAUAAUAUGAGGGGAAGCCAUAACAAGGA